AACGCCGAUGCCGCCCUUCCUGCCGGGGUUCUGGCGGCGGAGAUCCAGAGCUUGCCGGUGGCCGCCUCGCCGCCACCGCCGCCGCCGCCUGCUCCCUCGGGGUCGUGCAGCCCUGUGCUCCUGGAUUACGAUGGCUCGGUGCUGCCUCUUCUGGGGGGUCUGGGCGGCGGGCACCAGAAAACCCUCAUCCUCCUCACCUGGAUCCCGGCCCUUUUCAUCGGCUUCAGCCAGUUCUCGGACAGCUUCCUCUUGGUCCAGCCGCUCUCGUGGUGCAAGGGUACGGAUGGGCAGGGCAACUGGACCGGAGGGCACCCUCCUUUGCCGGCCAGGGGACUCGCCACCGGCCCCACUUACAACCCGGGUGGCAACCACACCGUCGGCGGCGGCGGCAGUAGCAGCUAUAGCAGGGGCAUGCUGGCAGCCCCCGAACUGCCCACGCCGGAGGCAAAGAACCAGAGCUAUUGCGACUGUCGCGAGAGGUACCACCGCAUCACCGCCGGCCUUCGACAGAAUAUCGUGAGCAAGUGGGAUCUUGUCUGUGAUUCUGCUUGGAAAGUCCACAUUGCAAAAUUUUCUCUGCUUGUGGGAUUAAUCUUUGGCUACUUAAUAACAGGAUGUAUAGCUGACUGGGUUGGCCGCCGGCCGGUGCUGCUGUUCUCUGUGUUGUUCAUUUUGAUCUUUGGACUGACUGUGGCCCUCUCAGUGAAUGUGACAAUGUUCAGCACACUCAGGUUUUUUGAAGGUUUUUGCCUGGCUGGAAUAAUCCUUUCACUGUAUGCACUGCGUAUUGAGCUGUGCCCUCCAAGUCACCGUUUUAUGAUAACAAUGGUGGCCAGCUUUGUGGCAAUGGCAGGACAAUUCCUCAUGCCGGGUUUAGCUGCUCUCUGCCGGGACUGGCAAAUUCUCCAGGCUGUCAUCAUCUGCCCUUUCCUGCUGAUGUUACUGUACUGGUUUUUUUUUCCAGAAUCCCUUCGGUGGCUGAUGGCCACCCAACAGUUUAAAGCUGCAAAAAAACUCAUUCUUCACUUAACCCGCAGGAACAGAGCAAACACAGAAUGUGAUAUCAAAGGAGUAAUGCCCGAGCUGGAGAAAGAACUUGCCAGGAGGCCGAAGAAGGUUUGCAUUGUGAAAGUGGUGGGAACCAGGAACCUGUGGAAAAACAUUGUUGUGCUCUGUGUCAAUUCACUCACUGGCUUUGGAAUCCACCACUGCUUUGCCAAGAGCAUGAUGGGCCAUGAAGACAAGAUGUCACUCACAAACAAUUUCUAUGCGGAUUAUUAUACCAUGGCCGGGAUUACUCUGGCCUCCUGCCUGGCCAUGUGCCCAGUGGUUGGGUUCCUCGGGCGAAGAGGGGGAUUGCUGCUCUUCAUGAUCCUCACAGCUUUGGCUUCGCUUUUGCAACUAGGCCUUCUCAACUUGAUAGGAAAAUACAGUCAACUUACAGACUCAGGUAUGAGUGAGACCGUAAAGGACAAAUUCUCCACUGCAUUCUCCAUCGUGGGUAUGUUUUCAUCACACGCAGUUGGAAGCCUGAGUGUUUUCUUCUGUGCAGAAAUCACACCAACAGUAAUAAGGGGCGGAGGGCUUGGCCUUGUCCAGGCGAGCGCCGGCUUUGGGAUGCUAACAGCACCCAUCAUGGAGCUCCACAACCAGAAAGGCUACUUCCUCCAUCACGUGAUCUUUGCCUGUUGCACCCUCAUUUGUAUCAUCUGCAUCCUUCUCUUGCCGGAGAGCAAAAACCAGAACCUGCCUGAGAACAUUCCAGAUGGGGAACAUUACACCCGGCAGCCCCUCCUGCCCCACAAGAAGGGGGAGCAACCCCUGCUGCUGACGAAUUCCGAACUCAAGGAUUACUCUGGCCUCCAUGACUCAGCAGCUGCCGUGAAUGAUGGGGCGACAGAGAGUGUGACUGCCAAUGGGAUGAAGGCAAUGUAACCCGCAGGAAGGGGCACUGAGGUGCAGGAGCACUUUCUGCAGGAAGUUUACAGACCUGUGCAAGAAGAGGUGGUGGCCCAUGGGGAAUUGGACUCUGCUGCUAAAGCCACUUCUUGUAGGAAUCAUUGAUUGGGGUACCAAUUGCUUUGGAAAUGAUUAUUGGGGGAAGAUGCAUCUUCAGAGCAAACUGGCUAGAGAUAAACACCCAUCAGAACAUUUUCUUCCAGCCAUGAAAUGUUUCUAUUUAUUUUGAUGAUUUUUUUUUGGUCUUUGUUUCCAUUAAGCACUUUAUUCUCUUUUUCCUCUGGUUGACCAUAAACAUGAAAUUAUGUUGUUUUCCAGAAGAGCAGCCAUUCCAAGAUAGAAAAUCCUGGGGUUUCACUUUGUUUAUUGUUUUGUUUUUUCUCGUCUCUUAUGUUUUUGUUGAAGGGAUGAAGUAUCUCUUGCUGUGACAAUGAAUUCAUUGACUACUAAUUUUUAGAUCCAGUCUCUUCCCCCCCAGUCUUUCCAGAUCAUCUGACUCUUGAUCUUUCCUGCUCCCACCCCACCCCAAGUUUUAUCUACUGUAUUAGUUUGUAUACAUUUGAUCUGACUUAAAAGUCCAGCAGGAUUCUAGGUAGCAGAAAUAGAGUUUGGCUUGUGAGCCUAGGUGUAUUUUUAACAAACAAAAAACACUUUUCUAAAUUUUAAAAGUAGAGGAGUCCACAUAUUACUUGCUGUUUAAAGGUGAAAACAAACCACUACAUAAGCAGACUAAUUGUUUUUUUUUUAAUGGAGAUCAGGAAUAUAGAUUUGAAUGAGAAAUAUGUCUCUUUAGAGAAUGUUGGGGAUGAAUUCUAGAGAAUGUCUUGAGAAUGUUUAUUAAUAAUAAUAAGUAAUUUCAAAAGAAAUAUGGCCAGAUAAUAAGGCUGUACUAUUAGUGGGUUUUAAUCUAUCAGGAAGCUUUGAAAUGAUUAGCUAGGUUUUUUUCAAGAGAAUAUCUCCAGGUUGGGAGUGGAAAAUGACAGCUAGAAGAGUCUAGGACUCCUUAAAUGCUUAUUUCCGAAGCAGCCAGGUUGAAUUUCUGUCUAUCCCAGCAGUGGUUCAGGAGUGCACUCACACUCCCCAAGGCUGUUUGAGUCUAAUGGGAGAAUAGAAAUAAACUUUGUAAAUAAGCCAUCUUAAUUGGUUACUGCUUCAGAUUAGAGGAAGAGGAGUGAGGGAAAACAGGAGUAAGCCAUCGAAAGGGUUCUUUGGAUGUAUAAGUAAUGGCUGAUGUUCUCUCCAUGCGAGACAAAAAAAAUAAAUAAAAGCCAGCCAAGGUUGCCAUAUUAUCAGCUGGCUGCUAUCUUCAACAUGAAAAUGUAAGAAGAAAUGGCCACCAUAAGUGCACCAAAAUAAAAUCCUAAGUGCUCUUGUAGGGUUUCUCAUUCGCUUACCCCACCCCCAUAAAUGAAAUCAGCCAGUCCCAUAGGAUGACCCGGUUGAAAACAAGAUCCACCCUGAUCCAAAAUGCAUCUGGAAGUACGAUCCAUUGAAAUUCAACAGGGCUUACUUCUGUAUUAAAUGGGACAUCUCUUCUUUUCUCUUCCUCUAUGAGCUGGUGAUAAAUGGUGCCAGCAAUUCAUUCUUACGCAAACAUAAGGAUACAUAAUAAAUGUAAGGAUAACGGUUUCUUAGGCAAGAGCCAUGCAGAGCCAGCUUCAUGCAAGGAAGUUCUGGACUGGUGGCAAUUUUGCGUAGCGUUUACUGUCUCCUUCCUGUCUCCUUCCUUCCUAAUCAUGCAUUUGUGAUUGAUUGCCCAGUGGUCCAUCCAUUGUUAGAAGUGAAUGCCGCAGCCUAAUGUGCAGUGAUGUGUCGAGCCAUCCAUUUGACAGUCACUUUGUUUGGUGUCCCUCCUGCAUUCAUGGGCAAAGGGGGAAAAGAUUGUUCCUUCACUUUCCCUUCCGGCCACGUUCCUUCUUUGCUCUGAAUAUUGUCUGUUGACUAGAUCUGUGUUUCUCUUCCCUUCCUUGGUCAGGCUGCCCCGAGCCUAAAAACCACGGCAGCUUGUCAUGUUGCAAAAAAAGCUCAGCCACCAGUACUGGCUAGCUAAUUGUGGGAGAGGAGAGGGCGCAAAAGGAGCCUGCGGAAGAGGCGAGAGAGUUGAUGUACUUGAGAAGAAGAAUAUGUUGUUUUAAAGCUGCUAACCUUCAUGCAGAGGAUGAGACACUGGGGGAAAUGUUUCUCAAGCUCUGUGACAGAAAAAAAAAAGAAACACUGGAUUGUUCCAUGGUAAAUUCUUGUGUUGUCUUCUCCCCACAGUGGCACUGCUGGGUGUGCCUCAGUGGGACCGGGUGAAAAAGUGCGAGCCCCAUCUUUCUUAAUGCUCUCUAGGAAACUGGCUCUAGCAAGCAAAAUGGCCACCUCGCCUCCUUUCUUCUUUAACAUCCGGACUAUUUACACUUGCAUUGAGGUUAGGGGAGGCCUUUUGAAUUGUGCAGUAUUCAUGUGCCAAAUUGUGUGAUACCUUUUGCCUUUUAUAUAAAGGCAUAUGCUUGUUACAAGCGACUUAGCAGGAAUGACAGGUUUUUUGGUAAAAUAAAUGAAGGGUAAAAUGGACUUCUUGUCUAAAUGGAGCGAGGCCUUGAACAGCGUUAAAGAGGGAGGGAGGGAGAAUUGGUUGUUGACAAGCAAAUGCUCUGAGUUAACACACAGCACUUUUGCAAUCCAUUUAUGGAAAAGCUUUUUAAUUUCCCACCUCUGUGCAUAUAUUCUUAUAGCUCCAGUCAUAUUGAUCCCUGCCCCCAGCAGUGUAUGAAGUUUAUUGCCUUUUAACACUUUUUAAAGACCCUGUUGUGCUCAUUUUGAUCAUCGGCUCUGCUUUUCUCGUUUUCUGUUCCAUUGUGAUGCUCCUUAGCUUUACAACUAUGAAAUGCAAUAGGGAGAGAACUGUGUUAAUCUGUUUAAAGAAGAAUGUGACAGGAGCACUUGGUGAUUAUUUUAAAAAAAUACAAUUUUUAUGAAAUCAGUUCUUUUGGUUUUAUUUUGGUCUGAAAUCUCAGCUUUUGAAUUGGUAUUUUACAGUUUGUUCCCAGGUCAUCUGAUGGUCUCUGGUUUCAGAAGCUAUUCCCUCAGUAUUUUGGCUGAAGCGAUUAAAAGGCCAAAAUAUUCAGAAUGUGUCUAAUAAUGUGGGUUGCAUAACUGAUCAAGGCAGCUUUUGGUGAUGAGACAAGACAAAGACUAAAUUAUCAAGCCUAACUGUCCUUGGCUGCUCUUCUGAAGACUAGUUGUGUCUCAUAGUCUGCCAGAUACCUGACCACUUUCCAGAUCAGAGCUUGGAAAACCUUUCACAAUCCCAAACAAUAACUUUUCCAAGUUGUUCCAGAUAGAAUCCCUCCUGGUACUACCAAGCAAAAGGCAUUCUGCAGAUAGGUUAUCUUUUCCUUCUUGACAAAUCUUUGUAAAGAAAAAAAGGGAAAAGACAGAACAAAGUUACAAAUGGGCAAUAACGUCUGGACCCCCUUUGAGGCAGGAUAAAUGCACCAUAAAAGCUUUAUUUGCCAGUAUUCCUGGUUCUGAAGUCCCACACAGACAGAGGGAAAAACCAGGUUUCUUGAAUAGCCAACAGGCCACAAGCUCUGCCUUUUCGGCUGUGUUCAAAUUAAUGGGUUUUGAGUUGUCAUAAUCUUGAUGUAGGGUCUCCCAUGGCCACUUCUGUUGCAUGAACAGGGAGAGUGCUAUGACAUUUUUAGAUUUUCAUUUCCUGCCAGGCUUGCUUGUUGGCCUGGGUGCUUCAUGGUGCAUCUGCUAUGGGUCCUUGCCUGUCAGUUACUUUGGUUAGAUUGGCAUCUGUGACCAGAUUCUAGAUGUCAUUGGACAGCAAUUCUCAUCAGCCCUGGCCAACAUGGUCAGGGAUGAAGGAUGCUAGGAGCCAUCGCUGAACAUAUGGAUGGCCAUAGUUGCCCACUUCUGAAUUGGAUCUUCUGUCUAACCUCUCUCAUGUGGUCUGUAUGUGUAGCUGGCACCUUCUCUGCCUGGAUACACAAAUGGUUUGGGCACUUAGCCAAAGGGCAUCAAAUGUGACCAACCCACACUCAAGGAAUCACAGAGGACCUGUUUGCAGCCCACUUUGCAGUGAGUUUUUAUUGUGCAUUUGCAACACUGAACAAGAAAAACAAGGGGCAAAGAUGGGGAUGUUAAGGUUUGUUUGUUUUUGCUAGUAUGCAGAAUGUUCUGAGCUUUGGAAAGCUGUCUGGGGAAGCUAGGAAUUGUAGGCCAACAAAAGUAACUUCAAAACUUUGGGUACGUCACAGGUCUGCAAUACAGGCACAGUUAAUGUGUGCUUAUUAAUUUUGUUACUGUCUUUGAUAACCAAGAUCUGCUGUUCUUUUGUUGUGUUAUUUGUUUGCCUCUUUAUGGCAAAAGGAGACGGACGUGUAAUCAUAGGCAACAGUCCCUUUUAGCCGUACUUUUAGCUGACUUUGAAAAAAAAAAAACUGUAAGUAAUAAAGGACGGGGAAUUUUGGCCCUCUGGAUGUUUGGGACUAUAAAUCUCAUUAUCACUGAUCUUGGUGGCCAGAGCUUCUGGGUACUGAGGAAACCCAAAACAACCAGAUGGCCAAAAGUUCAUCAAUCCUACCUCAAUUAUUUGAUGGUACUCUUUUUUUAACCUAAAAAGGGGCUACUCAAAAGAAAACCUUUACCCAUUGAGGAAUUAACGUCUAUUGGUCACUCUCUUCAGGGGGGGCAGGUCUGCCAGUAUGUAUUUGUAAGUAGCCCCUCUUGUAUUUAUCAGGGUCCCAAUAACACCCAAAGCCAUAUUGGCAGAGGUGGCCAUGGCUUGCAGGUACAAGGUGUUGGUUGCUUGAGGGCAGGCUGUUAAUUGGCUUUGACCAGAAAUGUAGUGCCUUUUUUUGUUACUGGCACUAAACAAUAAACAAGUCUUCAGUACUAGAGGAAAGUACAGACCAGUUACGACACUUCAUCCCAAGCUGCAGCCAUGGGUAUCUUGAUAUGAAAAGCUAUAGGGAAGGAGCUGGAUCUUUGUAGUUGUGUUGGGAAUUGGGAACAAUUUUUUUCUGGACGAUAACUUCCAAAUUCUCCUGGCCUGUGGCCCUUGUUGGCUGAGGGAUUCUGGGGAUUGCAAUCCAGGAAAGCAGCUUUUACAAGCUCUUCAUCAUAUGCUCCUGUCAGCUCCUGGUAUUGCACAAGAAACCAUCCAAAACCAUGAAAUGCCAAUUCAGCCUCUAAAUGUGCAACUAGAGGACCAACUGAAAACUCUGGCUACAAUAGAUUGGGGAUGAGUUGAGUUCUUGCUCAUUGCUAGAUAUGUUGCUAGAUGGCAUAUACUAUUUGGAAACAAUGUAGGAAACAUGGGUGUAGAACCAAGCCAGACCAUUAUUCUAAGAGAAGGAAAUACACGCCCCCUUGAAGUUCAUCCCAGUAGGGAAAGAAUUCAGUAAUUUAUGAUUUGCCCAGACAUGGGAUGUGGAACACCUGGCCCUCCAAAUAUUGCUCAACUGGAAUUCUUGCCAGUAUGGUCAGUAGUGAAGGAUCAUGGCAGUUCUAGUUGCAACAUCAUGUGGAGGAUCACAAAUUUCUAUUUUUUUUUUAAUUUUUUUGCUAACUUUGUUUUCUGUAAGCCAAGAUCAACCUGUUUCUCUGGCACUUUUAAUCAUUUAGUGUAGAAAAUGUUUCCUUAGAAACUUCUGUAACAGCAUGAGAGUUAAAAAUCAGGACAACUUCAAAAGAGGAAAAAAGGUUUUUCUGUAUCAAAUUAUGUUACCAAAACACUAUAAAGAUGGGACUGAUACUUUUUUGUACUUCCAGGAGUGGGUUCCUCUUUGUGUGUUCUAAAUAAUUGGAGGUAUUUGUUUCGUGACUUAACAUGAAGUAUUUUUUGUUUAUGUUGCCAGCUUCUGUAAGCCAAACAAAAGCGAGACGAAAAAUCACCAAACUCAAAAGUGCCAUUAAAAAAAAAUGAACUCUGAAUGUCAUCUCAAGUUACAUCUGUAGCUGGGACAGAAAGAAGUGUGGCAGAUCUUUCACACUUGAUUUUUUAAAAGAAGAGUCAAACAAACCUCAUUUUUCAAUGUACUGUGUGUGCAAACAUUUUUGGGGAAUUGAGUAGUGUGCAAUGUCUGUAGUGGGUGAGAUUUCCCUCCCCCCCACCCCAAUUUCUGAUGAAGUUUUAUUGACUAAUUGUUGUUACUGUAUGGGGUUUUUUUUGAUCACAAAUAGUUUGGUGCUUCUUCAUAGCACAAGCUUAAAAAUCAACUACUGAACAACUUAAGUCUUAAAAGCUAAAUGUCUGCAUGAUGUUACAUCCGUUGUACCUACUGAAACAACUUUGUAUGUAAAUGUACAGGAAUAAAAAGAUGUUGCCCUGUUA